AUGACACCACAACAGCCUUCACUGGUUGAGACCCGACCUGAUGGGCAUCUAGAAUCUGCGCAGGACGACGAAAUGCAUGCUAGAUCGUUGGAAGCUGCGAAUAACGAAGAACAUGGCCCUGAGUCGAGCGAGAUGCUGCCACAAGACUCCCCACAACAGGCGGAUGCCUGUGAAGGACUGUCGGUGUCCCAGGACCAAACACAAGAGGACGAGGACGGACGAUACAGCAACCGCGCCCUCGGACCACACCAUAUUCGUGAUAUAGUACGCCUCUUUCAGUGUCGCCGCUGCUCGAAACCUUUUAAAAAUGCCAUGACCCUUCCUUGCGGUCGAAGUAUAUGCAGAACUUGCAUUCCUCAAACCCAUGUACGAACAAGUAUCACCUAUCCGGCAGUUCCCGAGCGAAUCGAGGGAUUUAUCUGCCCAUUUGAAGACUGCUCCAAAGAGCAUGCUAUGGGUGAUUGCGGCUUUGAUGUCGUUCUUAACAAGGUUGGCGAGCUGAUAGAAAAGGAAGUUUCACGUGGUUUAGCAGCCGCUGCGAAUUCGAAUCUUUCAACCAGUCUCGGAUUUAAAGAUCCUUGGGAUGCCGCUGGACUUCCCUCGAUGAGGAAUGAAGAUUCUUUGCCAAGAACUAUGCCGGGUGGUCGACUGGUUGCGACAUGGUCUCUCGCAACUGAGGGAGGAUUGACAGUCGAAGCGGAGGUAACGUACGCUGACAUCCCGUCAGAGGAGCGGCAGGAUAACUCGUUGGGCCCUGAUGUCAAGGCUCUUAAUCUCCUACAAUCUACUACUCGUAAUGAAGUAGAUUGUCAGGUAUGCUAUGCUCUGUUUCAUGAUCCAUUCACAACUGGCUGCGGGCACACCUUUUGUCGGUCCUGCCUACAUCGAACGCUUGACCACUCACGCAGAUGCCCCAUGUGUCGACGCACGCUGGCUAUCAACCCGUUGCUAAACCCCGAUCUCUGCCCGUCGAAUGAAAGCAUCUCAAGGCUGAUUGACCUCUUUUGGCCCGAUGAGAGGACGGUUCGCGAGCAAACUGUUGCUUCUGAUAAUGCGGCGCGGCAUCAGGAUCUCGACUUGCCAUUAUUUGUGUGCACACUUGCAUUCCCUUCAAUGCCUACAUUCCUCCACAUUUUCGAGCCGAGAUACCGUCUUAUGAUUCGACGGGCAUUGGAAGGAAACAGAACGUUCGGCAUGGUCCUACCCAAGCGGUCUCACAACACCCGCGAUCCACAUUUCCAUGAGUUGGGCACGCUAUUGCGGAUUAUCAACGCCCAGUUUUAUCCUGACGGCCGUAGCUUAAUCGAAACAGUCGGUCUUACUAGAUUUAAGGUCUUACGGCAUGGCGAACUGGAUGGGUACACGGUGGCGAAGACUGAACGUGUUGAUGACGUAUCAUUGGAAGAGGAAGAGGCCGUCGAGGCCGUCGAAGUUGCUCCAACAUCGAACAGUACGACGACCACGGUUGGUCAUGAUGAUGCUGUUGGUGCGGUGAACGCUUCCACAAUGGAGGACACAUCCGAGACCAAGACAGAAAAUGAUACACCCCAAACGCAGCCAAACCCAAUGACAGUCUCAGACCUGCAAGCAAUGUCGACACAGAACCUGAUGAGCUACGCAACAUCCUUUGUAUCGCGUAUGCGUGGACAAAGUGUACCUUGGUUGACAGCCCGAAUGCUUGGCAUUUACGGAGACUGCCCAAGUGACCCAGCCGUCUUCCCUUGGUGGUUCGCUAGCAUGCUGCCAGUCAAGGACCUCGAGAAGUACAGGCUAUUAGGCACAUCUAGUGUUCGCGAGCGGCUAAAGAUUUGUUGUGCUUGGAUUUUGGAGUGGGAAACGACAAGAUGGUAA